CCAAUAGGCCAAUGUUCACAUGUUACCUGUGACUCAGCUGUAUCUGCUGAUAUAAACGUGUGUCCGGACAAGUCUCUACGACUCUUCUGAGGCGAUAUUCUUGACGCGUUACAAUGAUGGCUGUGAAAAUACUGUUUCUCCUCUCUAUUUUAUUGACAGGUGUGUUUUCAUUGAGACGCACAGAGGUUCAUAUCAAGGCAGGCGAGAUGGUGGCCCUGUGGUGCCCACAUCAAAAAGGGUCUUAUGGUGCCAAACUGAUCUGGACCAGUCACACCGCCCAGGAGCUGGAUCUGAGCAGCAACAUGUCAGCUGAUGAACUGAAUAGGAUGGGUCUGCUGGUUCAUGGGAGGAAUCUUGUGAUUCUCAGUGCGUCUGUAAAUCAUCAGGGGAAUUACUUGUGCUCUCAGGGGAAUGUGAGCAGCCAGUUCAUGCUGACAGUUUACUCGGGGCAGAGCGGAGAGGAUGAAGACUGGAACACGUACUCAGCAACAUGUUUCACACAAGAGUCCUGCACAUUGCAUUGCCCUGAUGUAAAUAUCCCUGACGUAAAUACUCCAAACAUGACCAGCAACGACAUCAUAUGGCACAAGAGAGGCGAGUCACUGCCACAGGAUCGCUACUUCUCGAGCGUGACGGAGAAUGACCACGGUGUUUACACCUGUACCAGAUCUUACCUGUACCAUCAGCUAAUAUAUAACAUCACGUUCAAAGUCGUGCUUGUUGUCCGACCAAACAUCAUAUCUGGACAAUCAGUGUUGCUUUCACCACACAUGGACGAUGUAUUUCAUGUAGCUUUGGAUUCGACAGUGGUGAUUGAAUGUACAGCUGUGAUAUAUUCAGACUUCGAUGAGGUGUUUUGGUUAAGUGGCACCUCAUUUUUGGAAAGGAACAACAACUUACCAGUUUUCUACAACUAUACACGAGAAAGUAACGCUGAAGGAAUGAAGAUGACAGCAUCUUUAGUUUUCAAAAAAGUGACAAAGGAGGAUUUAAGGAAAAGUUACACCUGUAAACUGGACUCUGAUGACCAACCCUCAAGCUUUGUCAGAAUCACCUUGGCCCAAAAAGCUUCUCCUUUAUCUGUCCCCCUGGCAUUGGGCACAACGGGCUUUGUGAUGAUGAUAAUUUUUGUAACAGCAGUUGUUUAUGUUAAGUUCAAAGUGGAUAUUGCCCUUUUCCUGCGCGACACUCUUUGUUGCACUAGUAGCAUCUCAGAUGGAAAAAGCCACGAUGCCUUUUUGAUGUACUACAAGAGCAACGCAGGACUAAACGACAUGGAGAGAGAAACGCUGGGGAGUGUUUUAGAAGAGAGUUUUGGUUACAAUCUUUGUUCUUAUGAUCGCAACGUCUCACCAGGGAACGCUGUAGCAGAGGCAGUGUUGUACUGCAUAGAGCAGAGCCAGUCGGUGGUCCUAGUUCCUACUUCUUCUGAUCCUGGUCUAGAAGCUGGCCUGCUAAAAGACAUCAGCGCUUCUCUUGUGGAGCGACAGAAUCACUUGGUUUUCAUCAAAUUUAAGUCAAAUCAAGUGUCAAGGUCAGGUUCAGUACCAGAGGCCUUACAGAUUCUCAGUGAGGCUGGACACCGUGUCACCUGGAAAGGAAAACACUCAAUGACGCCCUCCUCCUUGUUCUGGAAGCAGCUACGCUAUCACCUACCUGCUCCGCAAAAUGCUCGAAAAAAUGCUUUCACCUCAGCCAACUACCCCUGAUGAUAUCUGCUGAAUUAUUUUUUGUGAAGUCAG